AUGGCAGGCUUCUUACAACAAAUCGGAAGCGAACUCAAAGAAUAUCAUAUUUCGCACCUUAUCCUCAUCGCUGUCUUUCUCGGUAUCGCAUAUCCUUGCCUUCAUGCUCUAUACAAUCUCUAUUUUCACCCGCUUCGACAUAUCCCAGGCCCCCCACUAUGGAUCGCGUUCCCAAUUACGAGGACGAUUGGUAUGGUCCGGGGAAUAGCUGAAUUCCAAGUCCGCGAAGCUCAUGAGAAGUAUGGCGAGGUUGUUCGAAUCUCUCCUAACGGAGUCUCCUUCAUCAAUCCGCAAGCCUGGAAAGACAUCUACGGACAUGGACAUGCAGAAUUUCCGAAGCACUAUCCCAAGGGGAUCAAUAUGGACACCAAAAAGAUUAUCUCGUCCAAUGCGUCAGACCAUUUCCGCUUCCGACGAGCAAUGUUGCCAGCAUUUUCCGACAAGGCCCUGGCGCAACAAGAGCCACUCAUCAAAGUUUAUGUUGACCUAUUGGUCGAGAGAUUGCGAGAAGUGUCCGAGUCGGGCAAGCCAACUGAUAUGGUCCAAUGGUAUAAUUUCACGACUUUCGAUUUGAUCGCAGACCUUGCGUAUGGUACCCCUCUGCAGGGCCUAGCUGAAGGAAAAUCAAAUGCGUGGCUCGACAAUAUCUCCAAGUUGAUGAGAUAUAUGCCUGUCCUGGUUUUGAUCGGUGUGGCGCCCAUCUUGGGUCUGAUUCUCAAGCUUGUUGCUGGAUCUCAGGUUCGUAACUCACAGGCUAACCACCUUGCGCUUGUUACCAAGCUUGCCCACGACCGUAUCUACCAUAGGAAACAGGCGGAUAGAGGUGACUUUAUGGAUUAUUUCAUGCGCUCACGUGGUCAGCCACACGAGCUGAGUGAUGCCGAACUGAUCGCGAACAGUGAUCUAUUGAUGGUUGCUGGAUCAGAGACAACUGCAACGCUCUUAAGCGGGGCGACAUACUGGCUGCUAAAGACGCCGCAUGCGCUCAAGAAGGCCACAGAGGAAGUUCGUAACGCGUUCCAGUCAGAAGAAGAAAUUACCUUCCAUGAAGUCCGCACUAAACUACCCUACAUGGCUGUCUGUUUGGAAGAGGGUUUGCGCCUUUUCCCUCCUGUUCCGAUGUCUCUGUCCCGUUCGGUACCAAAAGGACCACCUAUGCAGAUUGUGGGCUUGACAAUUCCCGAAAAGACUGUCGUUGGAGUUCACCAUAUGUCGGCUUACCACUCAGAGCUUAACUUCCAUAGAGCGCGGGAAUAUAUCCCAGAGCGAUGGCUCCCUGAAUCCACCACGAAUCCGGCCUCGCCAUUCUAUAACGACCGUCGUGACGCUCACCGCCCCUUUUCCUUUGGACCUCGGGACUGUAUAGGCCGCAACCUUGCAAUACACGAGAUGCAUUUGAUUAUGGCUAGAGUCCUAUGGAAUUUCGACCUGGCUUUAGAUGAUAAGUCUGGAGACUGGCAUAACCAGAAGAUUUUUGGACUUUGGGAGAAGCCACCUUUGGAGGUUGUUAUUAGACAGAGAAAAAUCUAG